CAUUCUCACGCAUGCCCAGUCCGCAGUCUCUUGGUCAUCCCCUGUACUGUGUCCGCAGUCUCUUGUCAUCCCCUGUACUGUGUCCGCAGUCUCUGGUCAUCUCCUGUACUGAGUCCGCAGUCUCUGGUCAUCCCCUGUACUGUGUCCGCAGUCUCUGGUCAUCUCCUGUACUGUGUCCGCAGUUUCUUGUCAUCUCCUGUACUGUGUCCGCAGUCUCUGGUCAUCUCCUGUACUGUGUCCGCAGUCUCUGGUCAUCUCCUGUACUAUGUCCGCAGUCUCUGGUCAUCUCCUGUACUGUGUCCGCAGUCUCUGGUCAUCUCCUGUACUUCAGAAUAUUUUUUUUCUUGUUUUUCACCUCUAAAACCUAGGUUUGUCUAAUGGUCAGGUGCGUCUUACGGAGCAAAAAAUACAGUAAAUCUUUUAAGUAUCCAUGCAUGUUGACUUCUCUCAGUCGUUGGGUAU